AUGCUGCAAGAACUCAAUUGCCAUGAAUGUGAUAAAGAAGACUUUCAAGUAUGGAUAACUGCCGACGUGGCAGAUCCAGGGCACCAAAUUUUGCAGGAUAGCGAAAUUGUCGAUGUCGUGAGUGACAAAACUGAUGCCGCCAGCACCUCAUCAAUCAGUGGUUCAGAAAAUGAACUCGAAAAUAUUCCGACUUCUCAAGUUUUGAACGGUUUGAAGCUCAAGAUGAAAGCGAUCAGUGUCAGAUAUCUGUCUGGAAAAAAGUGCGUGACUUAG